AAUUGAAGAUAAAAAAUAGGUAAAGUUGAACUUUUACCUCUGAUUCCAUCUCUGCUCCUCCCCUGUUUCUCUCUCCUUAAUCUCUCUCUCUCUCUCUCUCUCGCUCGCUUUCUCUCUGAAUUCCAUGGAAUUUUAGCGUUGCUUUUUUGAAGGUGGGAAUUUAAGGCUCGAUCUUUCGUUCUUAUGGGCGAUUCUUCCUUUUCCUGACCCAUUUUCUUGAACAUUUCUGUUACCAUAAUGGAGGUUCCAGGAAUUGAAGAGACCACCAAGACUGACAGUCAUAUAACAUCGGCUGCAGCCUUUGUGGAAGGAGGAAUUCUAGAAGCCUGUGAUGAUGCUUGCAGCAUAUGCCUUGAAGCCUUCUGUGAAAGCGAUCCUUCCACAGGCACUGGUUGCAAGCAUGAGUUCCAUCUUCAAUGCAUUCUUGAAUGGUUUGGUCUCACUCUCACAUAAUUCCAGUUUUCUGUAUGUUCAUUUGUUAUCUAUAUCAAAAUACUAUGACUUCUUAUAUGUAUUCUCGAAUGGUUUGGUUCAUAUCAAGUUGUUUAAAAGUUCAGUUUUAACUCAGCCUUCAAGGUAUCCUUUUAAUACAACAGCAUUAGUAGAACUGAUGCUGUGGUGUCUUCUAUAUGAGGUUGUAAUGGUGUACCAUUAUGGAAACAACAUUGUGGAAUUUUUGUGAACUACAUGAUUAUGAAGCAUGAUCAAGACAUCUGAAUUCCUCUACAUUUUUCCAAUAGGUGUCAGAGAAGCUCUAAUUGUCCAAUGUGUUGGCAACCUAUUAGCUUGAAAAAUCCCACCAGUCAAGAAUUGCUUGAGGCUGUAGAACGAGAGAGGAGCUUUAGGCUUAAGCCAACAAGAAAUUCCACAAUAUUUCAUCAUCCCACUCUUUGGGACUUUGAAUUACAGCAUUUACCUGCUGGAGUAAAUGAUGCUGAGCUUGAAGAGCGCAUUAUCCAGCACUUGGCUGCAGCUGCUGCAAUGGGAAGAGUCCGCCAUAUUGCACGGAGAGAGGGCUCGCGGAUUCGGUCAUCUGCUCAUGGUCCUCAGCAGUUCUUGCUGUUUUCAACUCAUCCAAAUGUACCGUCUUCUGGUUCUGUUUCUACUUUAGCUCCAGGUGAAGAGGAAUCUGAUCCAGCUGCUAUUACUGUUGCUACUCCAUCGAUUCCACUUACAGCUGUUGCCAGUGAACCUCUACAACAUAUGCCACCAUUCCCUUCUGUCCAAAGCAUUCAAAAUCCCGUGUUGUCAUCCGGAUCAACUGUCGUACUAACUAAUCGACAAGGAAUCUCUGUUGAUACUAGAACCUCUGCUGGUCAAUCCUCCAACCAAGAUAGAGCAGGACCAUCUGACUUCCUGUCAAUUUCAGAUACUUGGAAAUCUCGUUUGAAUGCAAUGUCCAUAAAAUACAAAGAGUCAAUUUCAAAGAGUACCAGAGGGUGGAAGGAGAGGCUCUUCUCUCGAAACACUUCCAUGGCAGAUAUUGGUUCUGAAGUUAGGAGAGAAGUGGAUGCUGGAAUGGCUAGUGUAUCUCGCAUGAUCGAGCGCCUUGAAACCAGGGAAACUACUAGAGCUCGCCAUGUUUCCACAUCAGACAGUCUAGCAGAUUCCUCAGUUAGACAGCAGAGAAACCUUGAUAAUGUGGAGACUCUUGCAUCUUUUCCUCAGCAUUUCAUCUUUGAAGAACGUGAAUUCCUUGCCUCCAACUAUGACAUGCUGAGGAGAAAGGGCUUGGAAGGAGAGUCGGAGACAUGA